AUCAUUGUGCAUUUUAUCAAUGUUGCGUGAUGGAAAUACUUUUGUCGUUAUUAUCAUCAACGAUUCCUGAGAUGCACGAUGCACACGAGCUUUUCAGUUUUAUUUGUAAAUUCUUUACCAAGAGUAUCAUGCUUGCUGUUUGUCUAGUUUUCGUCUAUCUUAGCCUUGAACUUGUUCGUUUCACCACAGCCAAUGUUGAACACGAAUUGGCAAACGUGAAGCUGUUCUACUAUGCUAGCUCAAUUGAUGAUGUUGACGUCUCCGAAGUUGAACAGCUGCCACACUUCAACCCACAGAAGCCAUUGAAAGUUAUUAUUCAUGGGUGGAAUGCCAAUCGUCGCCAACUUGCAAUGACACCAGUGCAGAAUGCUUAUUUAACUCAAAACAAACACAACAUAUUAGCUGCAGAUUGGGGCAGCAUCUCGUCGAAGCCAUAUUCAACAGCUCGCGAGUUGACACGUGCACUGGGAUACCGCAUAGGAUCUAUACUAUCGGCAUUCAUGAUCAGGAUGAAUAUCACAACGGACCAAGUACAUGUGGUGGGCCAUAGUCUUGGAGCACACAUUGCAGGAAAUGUUGGAAAAUAUUUCAGAGGAACACUAUCUAGAAUUACUGCUCUGGAUCCAGCUGGGCCCUUGUUCCUUCCGCUCUCGACUGACGCUAUCGACAAGUCGGAUGCUCGCUUUGUAGAUGCCAUCCACAGUGAUAUUGUUCUCGGAGAAGCCGUACAUCGAGCUCACAUAGACUUUUAUCCGAAUCGAGGCUCCACAUCCCAGCCCGGAUGCGAGGUACUGGAUGUUGUAACUUUACAUGCCUGCAGUCACUAUCGGGCGCCGGCUUUCUUCGCAGAAUCCAUUCUCGUACCGGGCAAUUUCGUUGCCUACGAGUGUCGAUUUGAGAAAAUUUUACGUUCACCAAGCGAAUGUAUGCCUGCAGCCGGAAAGUUGAAAGAUAGUAAAAUCGCUUCCAUGGGAGAGUUCGUGGAUCAAAGAUUACGAGGAACUUACUAUUUACAAACAUCCCGUCUUCCGCCUUAUGGAAUUGGAAACAGAACGUUCUAUGAAAGCAUGGAAAUGUAAGCCUUCGUCAAGAAACGUUCAAGUUCUGUUUAAAAAAAAAAUAAAAAUCUAAUCAAAAUCUGUUGGUUAGAACC